GGCCCUUUGAGAUGAUUUCCAAACUGCCAGACCAAGCGAACUGUCGACAUGAAUGGCAAGGCCGUUUGCGAGUGCUCAUGGCCUUCCUGUUCUCUAUGCAGCGUUUGUCUCGCGACGCGGGCGGCGCCGCGGCGCCGGACCACUCGUCCCAGCUGCUGCACAUAGCACUUCAGACGGAUCUUACGGAGUAUGUAGCCCUGAGCUGGCCGACCAAGGGAGGGAGGAUGAGCCCCGCAGACGCGGUGAUUGGUUUCCAAAUCCCCAGCUCCCCUGGAAAUUAUAGCAUCGCUGCCUUCAAGGUUACGGGCAAGGACGCGAGCCAUGUGCUGCCGGACAGCACCGUGACCGUCACCAACACGCGCGCUGAGGCCAAUAGCACAGCGCUGACCAUCUGCUUCACUCGCAACAUCUCACAGGUCGGGCAAGGCGCCGGCAUCCGUCUCUCGACGCAAGAGAACAUGGACAUGAACUUCGCGGCAUCUAGGGCCAAGUUCGGCAUGCCUCACAGCUUCAGCAGGGACUACUUGUGCAGUGCCAAGGUGAAUUUUGCUCUUCCUGCUGGGGGCCCAGAUGACGGACAGUGGCGGCCUUCCAAUACGAGCAGCGGCCCGUCGGACGAGGUACUCCAGGAGCGGUUGUUCUACAUGCGAUCCCAUGGGGCAUUGCAGUUCACAGGCUGGAUCGUGCUGGUACCCAUCGGUAUCUUUGCCGCGCGCCACCGCUGGGUAUUUGCGCCCAUCAGCAUCGUUGGCCUCUGGUUUCAGGUUCAUCGAGCUGUCCAGAUGGUUGCCGUCAUGCUCAUCGUCACGGGCUUCAUCCUGCCGUGGACAAGCUUUAAUUCCAAGGAUGAAGAAGAGGUCAUGGGUAUCGAUCAUGAAGAAAGCAUGGCCUCCGAUCUGCUUCUGGAGAGCCACAUGACCCUCGCCAUCGCGCUGAUGGUAAUUGUCGGGCUACACAUCGCGAUUGCUAUGCUGCGACCCAAGCCCGACACUCCUCGGAGAUGGAUGUGGAACCUGGUACACUGGUGGACCGGGCGAGGCCUGGCGUUGAUGGCCGGUGUCAAUGUUGUGAUCGGGAUAAUGCUAUGGCGGCGUGCUAGCGGCGGCAGCGGGCUGGAGUGGAUUGUGCCGCUAGUGCUUUUGGCUGUAGGGUGGAUAGGCCUGGCGUUAUGGUUGGAGCGCCGCGCGCCUCAGGGUCUGGGGCGGGAGGGCGGCUACGUAUGCGCCCAAGGGGGUAUCCUAAUUGGGUAUGUGCCCAGCCCAUUGGUCUUGUCUACGGGAGUUUCUUCAUCCCCGGGUAAUAGUCCUAUUUCCAAGUCUGCGGCGACGCAAGCCUCCAAUGGCGUGACGUACACCGAGCUGUAAUUUGGGCUACGAGGAACGUGCAUUGGUGGCAUGACAUGCUAUUCCGUUACUUGCAAUGACCGGCACUGGAGUGGUUAGUGUUUAUAGAUGUGAACAGUGUCCUAUAUUGUGUGUUGUCUGCGUUGUCCAUCUGCUUGCUCGGUGAGCUCGUCGGGUACUGCAUCACUACACACAUAUUUCUAUCAUGCAUGAUGGUGGCCUUCGCCACAAGCGUUGCGGUUUUGCUGAAAUGUCGCAAAUGAUCUUAAUGAAUCUAUGUAACAGGUGUUUUAUCGUGGAUACCCGUCGGCGCAUAUCUGGCUGAGAGCAGGUACCGGUGGAGGCAAGCGUGGAGUCGUGCAUCGUUCUACGUGUCCAAAAGUUUUUGUGUUAUGAGUCCUUGCAACGGCCGUUUUACACGGAUGCUAUCCACGCGUACCCUGCGCAAAGCAGUGAAUGCUGGCGAGUCGCGCUGCUUUGUGGCUAAUUCUUUUUCCUGCUUGGGGCACGCUUUCAGUCACUUGGUCCCUCUCUAUGCCUUGCGCUGUGAACUAAUGCGGUUUCGGCUCCUUUUCUCGAUGUGAACAGAUGAAACUGAUUGUAAGCGCAGCAUGUCC